GUUUUCCCUUUGUUUUGUCACCGGCAGUCUUGCAUCUCCUCUUGUCCACUCGCUACUUCACAAGUACCCUCCAAUCCAAAAUGGUUUUCGAAACAACUGGCAAAUUCCAAUUGGUCGUCGGAGAUGACGACAACUACGGCAAAAUCAUGGAGGCAGUCGGUAUCCCACCGGAGAAGCGCCAAAAGGUGAUCAGCCUGCGGCCCAUUUGCGAAUAUUCCCACGAUGGGGACCAAUACAAAGUGUCGGGAUCGGCCGAAGGAUUUCCUGAACGCAGCAAGGAUUUCGUUUUGAACGUCGAGCAAGAAGAGACAACCAUGGAUGGCCGCAAAGUCAAGAGCACUUACAAGCGCAAUGGUAAGAGCAUGGUCCAACACGAAGUGCAGGAAAAUGGAUCGACCAUCGUUUACGAACGUGAGAUCAAGGGAGACGACAUGCAUGUGAAAAUCACUUAUGGCAACCAUGUCGCCAAUCGCGUCUUCAAGAGAUUGUAAAUGCGCUUAUAAGAACGCUGGGACAUUGAAAACAAGGAAACUUUUGACUAUAGACCGACAAUGUUGUAGAGACGAAAACUUAAAAUUCGAUUGUAAUAACCAAUGACGAUUGAGAAUAAAUAUAAUCACAUAGCACAGUA